AGUCGUACUGUCGUCUCGUGCUACGUCACUAAAAUAAAUAACACAACAGUUAUCCCGUAAAAAUAAACAAUAGUCAAAAUAACAAGAAAAAAAAACACUCGCGCGAUGUGAAAAUUAAAAAGUUAGUGAUUUCCUGUUUCGCCAAUGGCGUGAAGCCGUGAAUGGCGGCAGUGUCGUUAUUCGCCUUCGAAAUUUAGUGCAACCGUGUGUUUUUAGUGCUGACCUAGUUUUUAAUGCAAUGUGACGUCAUAUGAUAAUUUUUACAAGCUUUUCAAAUUUCGGAUUUUCAAUACAGUGUAAUUAACGUAAGUGGCAAAAAUGUAAACCAAUCCAAGUGUGAAAAUGACUCUAAACCUAACCGGAAACCGUACCGUGGAACCGCGUUCCACGGCCUACUACUACGCUGACAUCGAGCGUCUAAAACGGAAAAACCAGAACGGAACUCCGCACAUCACUGCCGACGAGGAACCGAGGAACCCUGACGAGCUCAGCGAGUAUGUCGAGUCUAAUGAAGUGGUCAACGAAGGUGCUAAAGUGGAAGUACCUCCUUUACGAGACAGACAGUACAGUUUACCAGAGUACACUACACCUGAAGCGUGUAGACCUGAGGAGACCUAUUCAACGGCGGGAACAUUUCCAAUGCCAGAGCCUAAGGAAAAAGAACCGCUGCUAGCUGAGCUGGAACUUGUUGGUCGGCUGCCUUUAACCCAGUUGGAUGGUGGGUCUGGAGUCAGGAGGAGUAGGAGCUGGUAUCUCUGCUGUCCCAAUGUGGCUGAUGAGGAGGUGUCGAGGGAGUCUUCUUGGCGGUACUCGAGUCUGCGGCCGGUUACAGCGCCUCCGAUGGGAAGGAAUGGAAUGAAUUUUAUGGUAACAACUCAAAGCAGCGGGCACCACGACCCGACGUCGCUCCGCUGCGAGCGCGACGCACUCGCCCGGGCGCUGUCGGCGGAGCGGGCGCGGGCCGCCGCGGCCGCGAGGGCGCACGACGCGAGGCUGGCUGAACUACACGGGGUCAUAGCGGAGCUGGUGCGGAGGAGGGCAGCGGAUAAACAGGCUGGGGCUAUUCCUGAAGAGGAGGUUUCAGAUGAAUGUGAGUCAACUACGCAACCGGCGGGGGAACUAGAUAAUGACGCCGACCGGUCCAGGACAGACCACAAUGACAGUUCGUCUCUUGUCAGUCCCGCUGAGCUACCGACUCCUCAGGAGAAGGUGGAACCAGAAUCGGAGGCUUUCAAGCAUGAGGUCCAAGUCAGAAUAGAGAAGCCACAGGAUAGCUCAAGCGAAACUCAUCCUGUGGACAACUGCGACACCAGUUUAGAUCUGUCAGCCAGGGAUUCAGAGAUCUGUCUGAGCACGGCGAGAUGUUGCGGCUACACGCGUCCACACGCCAGCUCGGGGAGUUGCGAGCGCGAGCACGGCUCGGCCGACGGAGCACGAGUGUGUACGGCCUCGCCGCGCGACGAGCGCCGAGCCAAGAUCGCGAGCAGGGUGCGACUGAGACGGACUGACGAUGAAACCAGCCAUGAGGAGACGUGGUGUGCGGAGGCAGCGGAGAGGCUGGCGCUGGAUGUGUGCGCUCAGGCGGACCUGAGGGAGGCGUUGGUUGCGGCCAGUAAUGAUGGUUGCGCGCUGUCGGCGUCGGUGGCGGCGUGGCGCGCGCGCUGUGCGCGUGUCGAGGCCGACGCGCGCGUGCUGCAGUGCGCGCUCAACAGGGCCGCCGACACCGCGCACAGAUUAUCGUGUGCGUGUGCGGUGCAGGAGUCCUCCUCGGUGUCCGUGUGCCUGGCGUUGCGCGCCGCCGACCGCGCGCUCGAGACCUACGACGUGCUGCUGGCACUAGCCGAAACCUUACACAGCCCACAAGAGGAGCGGAAAGCUGCAGAAGUGGUAGCGAAGCAGUUACUGGCACGACUCGAUGCUGAGCAGACUUCAGCUGCUAUAGGGGAGCCGCUGCUGUCACCGGGGCCCUGGCUGCAGCACGAUGGCCAAGCGCACACAGACAGCGAGUGGACGGAAGAAUGCGAGACUCGUCUACGAGCGCACGCGGCGCGGCUCAAGAGCGACACCGUCACGCUGCGAAACGCCGGACAAGCGCCCGCGCUGUUCUCCUAUCACGAUGUAGAGGAAGAUGACUUACCAAAAUCCGCGGGCGACGCUAGUAUGGCGGAGAUGGAAGCGGCCGUCAUGAUGCAGGAGACACUCGCCGCCCGCGAGGCCCGUGCGGCCUCUCGCGCCGCCGAGGCCGCGUCCGGCCUCACGCGACACGACGAGGACCACAAGGACCAUAAACAUUAUAUGGACCACAAGGAACACAGCUCCAAGGACCACAAAAACUAUGAGCAUACGGACAGGGACAAGGACCAUGUCCAACAUAAGGGCUCGUCGACCCGGAGCCGGAGCCGGAGCCGGAGGAGCCGCCACUGGCUGGACACGCACACGCAGGCCUCCGAGACCGACCUCUGAACAUAUCCUACUAUAUACUACCAAUACCAUGUUCGACCACUUGUAUUGCCAAACCAAAUUACCAAGUCUCCCCUAAAAUUAGUUACUCAAAACAUCCAUACUAAUAUUAUAAAUGCGAAAGUCUGUCUGUCUGUCUCCCUUUCUGUCUGUGUGUUCCCUCUUCACGCUUAAACCGCUGACAGAGUAAGUAAAUAUUCUUUAUUGUGCACCAUAAAGUUUAAAAAAUACACAGAAAGCGAAAUACAAGCUUAAGACUAGGUAACAACAGGCGGUUUUAUCGCUAAAAAGCGAUAGGUUGAGUCCCCGAGAAGGACAUAGGAUAGUUUUUAUCCCGAAAAUCAUCCCUUAAGAAAGUUAAAAGCGGGGUGGAAUUGAGAUAAUUAAUGAAGUGCCUGCUAAUUUGUGUGCAUAAUAUGCUCAAUUGAAUAAUUGCUAUGAGAAUUUUUCCAGGCGCUACUUUAGCUGCUGUUACUAAGAUCACGCAGACGAAGUCGCGGGCAAAAGCUAGUUAUCUAAUAAAAUUAGAUUAUGUAUAGAAAUAGUACAAAUGCCUGCGAGGCUUUUCCUUCCACCUAGUUAUAUACCAUUGUAAUAAUCAUGACAUAUCUUAUUAAUUUUAGGUUAUUAUCCUGUUUUGUUUAAAACUCAAAAUAGUACAGUCGGCAGCAGAAGUUGCUAAGCGGGCGAGGUGUUCAAAAUGAUCUUGACGCGACUGAGAUUUGGCUUAAAGGGCUGGCAUCCAGGGCAUAAAAUUCCAUUUAAAAAAAAUUACACAAUUCUAGGUAUUGACAGGGCGAGCUAUGCUGGCGCCAUCUGCUAAAUACUUAGACCGGUCGACCCCAUUAGGAAAAAAAAUGUAUUUUCUUAUGAACAAAUGUGCCAUUAACCAAAAGGGUACUUAUUGUCGGUUGUCAAUAAGGCGCUAUAUCCAUAUAGCUUCAACCAUGUAGCUGCGACCAUGUGGUACCUUUUGGUUGAAAACGUCUCAAAUAGUGAAAUGUUAAUCUACUUCAAUAUAUGAAUAUUCAUAUUUUUUUAUUUGUAUUAAUUAUACAUUGUCAUGGAUGCGUAAUUUACAUUAUUAAUAUUAUUAUUUACAAUAGAUAUGUCAGAAAUAUGUGCAAUUAAAAUUGGGUUUCAUUAAACAUUAGAAUAACAAUAAUAACAAAAAAUAAUAAUAAUAAUUCAAUUGUCAAUAAAAUAAUCAUACCCCGUUCCAAUAUGUUAGGAGUGAUCCCAAUUAGCCUUCCAGAAAUUCCUUUCCAAUAGUCCUGAUACCAGUUUUUUUAAAGUACCAUUCACUUGCGUUUAUUUUGAGUCAUCAUUUUGCUUUAUUUGAGAACGUUGUAAAAUAUAUUAUCCGGUUAAUAUUUAUUUUAGCAACACCCUGUUAAAAAAAAAAUCAUUAUAUAUAAUAUGUUAUUUAAACAUUUCACUGUCUUAAUAAAAAACAGAAACUUAUGCUGUUAUAGGGUAUUUGACUACUAAAUCAGUUUCAUUUUUCGAACUGUCAAAACGAUUUUGCUACUAUGAAAUUUAUAUGAAACACUAGCAUGUGACGUCACAAUCAAAUUACUUGCUCUUUAUAGUUUUAUACGGGUUUUAAAAUAGAAAUUAUGUCUAAAAAUAACUGCUGUCUACGUUUCUCUAUUAAUCUUCUGUUGCUUUAUUUCAUGCAUUGUUUAAAAUAAUUUAUUUAUUUAUUUACAGUCAAAUACCCUUAGUAUUUAUUACAGUUUUUUUUGCGUUUCUACCAAUUUUUAUUGUUGUCUCAAACUAGUCUCUAUUUAAAACAUUUAUGAGAAGUUUGAAAACACAUCUUACUUUUUUUUACGCAUUUUACAUUUUACAGUUUUACUUUUUAAUGAAUUGUCAUUUUUCUAUCAUUGAUAGGAUUCAGUUAUUGACGCAACAUCUUCUGUAUCUUGAUUAUUAAAAGAACUAACAACAUUGUGUACGAAACGCUCGUGUUACUGAACGUACUCGCUUGAGCUCGGCCGUUUAAUUCACGCUCGGCACGCAAUCCCUUUUUGGUCGAAGGUGCUUUUCUCAAAGAAAAUUUAAUUAAAAGUACUGAUGUAGUGCAUAAUUGUUUUCCAUAGUAUUUUCUCGGAAACGUUCGUAUUUAUCAUGCUACUUCAGUCAAGAGCUCGAGGGAUUAGGGUCGGCAACGCGCAUGUAACCCCUCUGGAGUUGCAGGCGUACAUAGGCUACGGAGACUGCUUAACAUCAGGCGGGCCGUAUGCUUGUUUGUCACCGACGUAGUAUAAAAAAAAAACCUCAGUACUCUUUGUACCGAGACUGACUGAAAUAGCAUGACAUGUUCGUACGUUUCCGUGAAAAUACGAUGGAAAAUAAUUAUGCACUACAUCUGCAACUAAUUUCUUUGCUGGCGUGUAGAUUUUUGGGUUUUGCGGCAUGUAGUAAUAAUAAUAUCAAGAAUAAUCAAGUACACUCGCCACCAGAUAUAUCUGAGCGGCCACGAUACUCAAAAAUAUAUGCACAUGCAAUUGCCUUGACAAUGAGGGCUACCGCGUUUAAUUUCGCCGCUAGGGGCGCUAGUGUAGAUGGAGGUCUUUCAAAAUGUCAAAUGGAUAGAAGUUUUGGGGGUUUCAAGCUUUUUUAUCGGGAAUUUUUACUCCUUAUUCAUAAUUGUUGUAAAUCUUUGUCUAUCUUUGAUUAAUCAUGGUAAACAAUAGAUAUAGCUCAAUAAAUGUUAGUCGUUUAAAAAAAGUGCCAACUAAAAUAUAUGCAAAAUUAAACAGGUCGAUAAAAUGGCACAUUUAGACGUUGAAAUACUUUUGUGUAUAUUAGAACGUAUUGAUUUUAUAAAAAUAAGCAUAGAAGAAUUUUGAGAUCUGUUUUUCUGGACCUACAUCAACAGUGGCGCCAACCGCUGAGCACAAAAACGGUAGCCCUCAUAGAGGUGUGUUCAGAUAUUUGUGAGCACCUCGGCCGCUCAGAUAUAUCUUGUGGCGACUGUACCACGCGUAGUCAAUUAUCCGUUUAUAAUAGGCAUUUAUAUUUGAAUAUCAUCACAAAAAAUAUAUGUAAAUUACUAAAAAAGAAUCUCUAAAAUCACCAGUGUCAUAAUAUUGUUGUAAAAGAUAUAUUAGCUAUUGUAUAGAAGACUAAUGUAAAGAUCUUCCCUCUGUAAUUAAGUAUUAAUAAUUUAAUCUUAUAGAUU